UUUCUUCUUUCAUUCCUCGUUUCUCUUUCUGUGGUAUCACUGCUCAUGUACUUGUAUUAUCAUACAGAGAAAAUCAAAGAUUUCAGCAUCACGCAAACUGCUGUUAAAGAGUUUGAUGCUGGCAAAGGCAAAGGAGGCAUGGGAUCAAGAACAUGUGAACACACAGGAGGAAAAGCAGAGAUACCUAAGUGAAAGGGUACCUCAUACCAAUACACAUGGUCUGGCAUUGGCUGCAUUACAGGAGCUGUGCCGGGAACUCCAUGAGAAAGUGGGGAUUGUUGAUGAGGAAAGAUAUGACAUUGAAGCAAAAGUUCUCCAUAAUACAAGAGAGAUUCAAGAUCUGAGGAUGAAGGUGUUGGAUCUGCGUGGAAAGUUUAAAAGACCUCCACUGCGGAGGGUGCGAGUAUCCGCUGAUGCUAUGCUCCGCGCACUUCUGGGUUCAAAACACAAGGUCUCCAUGGAUUUGCGUGCUAACUUGAAAUCUGUUAAGAAGGAGGAUACUGAGAAGGAGCGUCCAGUUGAAGUCAGUGAUUGGCGCAAGAACGUUGAAGCAAUGUCUGGUAUGGAGGGCAGGAAAAAGAUGUUUGAUGCAGCAAAAUCUCCUACAGCCCAAUAAAAAGAACCACAUGAAUCUUCAAUUGCCUUAUUUCUUUAUUGUGCUCUAUUCCCCAUGUGCAAUAUGUCAUUUACACAGUUUUUCAUAAAUUGUUUUCUUCUAAAAUUGAAGUUGUGAGUAACUCCCAAGUGAACAGGGCAAUCAAAAUCGCUUUUAUCAGAUAUCACUGAUAUGGACUUUUUGUCUCAAUAAUAAACAUAAUAUUAAUAACACAUUUCUGCAUAAAAUGAAA